AUGAACGAAUCUAAUUGCGAUGAAAAAUUCAAUCCAGAUGAUUACAGAGAUGCCCUAAAAAGAUAUCCCUUAGAGAACUCUAAAGACAGGGUCGGUCUGGCCAGGGCCGGCGGGUCGGGAUUCCUGCCUGGGCCCUUGCAGUAUUAUAGUUCCUGGGCCCUU